AGUUCUUGUAUGAGCAGACGUCCACAACCAGGUGGACCUAGAACGGCUCUUCUGAGGUGGACCUCCACAAGGAUCCAAGCGUUCCCAUUUUGGCAGUGCGGGCGUGACCGGGUGGGUAUCUUUGAUGGACCGAGGGACGAGCAGUGCAGGAUGCCCGUCCGUCGGAUCUCCGUAGAACCUUCCAGCGAGGAACCCGGCGGAGAAGCAAAGCGUGGGAAUGGAGACCAGGUGCAAGGUUCCUCCCAGGGGGCGCUACAGAACGGCACCUCACUUCCAUCGGCUCUGCGCCCCUGUCCGAGACACUGCAGCACCAAGUCUGGGCAGCAGGGCGUGGAUCGAACCACGCCCAACGUUCCUCCGAGCACCAGCCUCGCCAGCGCUCCCCUCCUAAAAAGGCAGGUGAGGCGUCGACGCCGGCAGCGCCAGAAGAACGGCGGCUGCAUCGUCCAGCCGAGUGUGCCCACGGACUCGUCUUCGGGGGACGAGCCGCAUGGAAGGCAGGGUCGAUCCUGGAGCCAGGAGAAAGCGCGGCGCAGACAGCGGACACGGGUGCUCGGGGCAUCCGUGCCAAGCCAGGAGCUGCAGGGCGAAGCGUCUAAGGGUAGCGAAGAGGAGCAGGCGAUCACUAAAACGUACCAGGAGCGAGGAGCCGGAGAACCGGAUAUGGCCGUCCCGUCCGCCCAGAAGUACACAGAGGCGCCUGCUCGGAACGGCACCGCCCAGCAGGCGGGCACCGACGACGACGAGCUGGAAGUGUGCAGGAUCUGUCACUGCGAAGGCGAGGAGGAGUUCCCCCUGAUCACCCCCUGCAGGUGCACUGGGAGCCUCCGGUUCGUGCACCACGCCUGCCUGCGCCAGUGGAUCAAGAGCUCGGACACGCACUGCUGUGAGCUCUGCAAAUACGACUUCGUCAUGGAGACGCACCUCAAACCCCUGCGCGAGUGGGAAGGCCUACGACUGUCCACCAGCGAACGCAGGAAGAUCUUCUGCUCCGUGACCUUUCACCUGGUGGCCGUGGUGUGCGUCGUCUGGUCCUCCUUCAUCCUCAUGGCCUGCAUCUCUGAGGAGCGCCGGCAAAGGAUGGAUUUCAACGGGCUGCUGGACUGGCUGUUCUGGACCAAACUGGGCAUGGUCGGUGCCAGCGUGGUCGGGGGACUCGUCUUCAUGUACGUCCAGGGCAAAGUCUACCUGCAACUCUGGAGACGCCUGAAGGCCUUCAACCGGAUCAUCUUCGUGCAGAACUGCCCCGACUCUGUCCGCGAGGUGUAGGGGUAGAACCUGUUUGAUGAGCCUGUGUGGUGGCUGAGAGGUGUACUCUCAUUAGAUUACAGAGACACUACAUGACCAGAAGUAUGUGGACACCUCUUAAAAUCACUGCUGAAAGUUGCCGACCGUGGCUCUGAUUUGAGGAGAACAGAGCUAACCCACCGUCCCUCCGACACGUGGGCAGCAGGUAUGCGGAUCAGCCCUGUGUACAGUGAGACACACCCUGAUGCGCACUCUUUCCAGGCGCCAUCAAUCCGCCAGCAGAAGGUCAUAAUUGCAUCAGUCACGAGAGAGUCCCUAUCCGGCUUAAUACCCCACCCCUAUAUAAACAACAGGCCAAUUCUCACAGGUUUGUGCCAGGAACCAAUCAGAAGACGGAUUAUUUCUGACGGGAUGUUUCAUCUAACCUUAUUUGUCGUUAAAGGAUCAAACUUGGACGGAUCAAAAAUGUGAAUCAAUUAUACGUGUAUAUUUUUGGAAAAUAAACCAGUG